AUGUCGUCCGGCGACGAUGAGCGCGCCUCCAGGCUCCACCACCGGGAACAGGACCGCGACCACUCCUCCUCGCGCCGCCGCCACGACAAGGACCGCGACCACUCCUCCUCCCGCCACCACAGGGACGGCGAGCGGGAGCGGGAGCGCGAUCGCGAUCGCGACCGCCAUCACAGAGACAAGGAGCGGGAUCGGGAGGAGCGCAAGGCGCUGGAGCGAGCGGAGAAGGAGCGCGAGAAGGAGAGGGAGAGGGAGAGGCAGCGUCGCGAGGAGCGCCACAGGGAGAAGAAAUCGAGGAGGCGGGAUGAGUUCGAUGAUGAGGAGAACGAGAUGCCGCCGGCGACAACAUCGAUGGAGAGCGUGAUUGCUUACGGGGACUAUCAUGAAGGCGGCAUGGUCUCCAACGAUGCAGCACCAACGGGGAGAAUCAUGCAAGGGGAUGAAUCUGACUCAGAUUACAACGACGACCCUGAGGGUGAAUCAGAUGGCGCGGAGGAGCUGAUAAACCCUGUUAUCAAGAAGACCAAGGCGGAGAAGCUGGUCACCGCCGACCACUCCAAGAUCGACUACCAGCCAUUCCGGAAGAACUUCUACACGGAGGCCAAGGACAUCAAGGAGAUGCCGGCCGAGGACGCCGCCGCCUACCGCGAGCAGCUGGACCUCAAGGUGCGCGGCAAAGGCAUCCCCAAGCCGAUAAAGACGUGGAUCCAGAGCGGCCUGACCAGCAAGCUGCUCGGCACCAUUAAAAAGCUUGGAUUCGACAAGCCGAUGGCGAUCCAGGCGCAGGCACUGCCGGUGAUAAUGAGCGGACGCGACUGCAUCGGCGUCGCCAAGACCGGGUCCGGCAAGACCCUGGCGUUCGUCCUGCCCAUGCUGCGCCACGUCAAGGACCAGCCGCCCGCCGCGCCCGGGGACGGCCCCAUCGGGCUCGUCAUGGCGCCCACCAGAGAGCUUGUGGUGCAGAUAUACUCAGACAUCAAGAAGUUCUCCAAGGCGUUCGGCGUCAACUGCGUCGCCGUGUACGGGGGCUGCGCCGUCGCCCAGCAGAUCAGCGAGCUCAAGCGCGGCGCCGAGAUCGUCGUGUGCACGCCGGGCAGGAUGAUAGACAUCCUCUGCACCAGCGCUGGCAAGAUCACCAACCUCCGGCGAGUGACCUACCUGGUGCUAGACGAGGCCGACAGGAUGUUCGACAUGGGCUUCGAGCCCCAGAUCACCCGGAUCGUCCAGAACACCCGGCCGGACCGGCAGACGGUGCUCUUCUCCGCCACCUUCCCGCGGCAGGUGGAGACGCUGGCGCGCAGGGUGCUGGCCAAGCCCGUGGAGAUCCAGAUGGGCGGGCGGAGCGUGGUGAACAGGGACAUCACGCAGCUGGUCGAGGUGCGGCCGGACGGCGAGAGGUUCCUCAGGCUGCUGGAGCUGCUCGGGGAGUGGUCUGCCAAGGGCAAGAUCCUCGUGUUCGUGCGCGCACAGGACAAGUGCGAUUCCCUGCUCAAGGAGCUGUUCCAGCACGGGUACCCCUGCCUCUCUCUCCACGGCGGAAAGGAUCAGAACGACCGUGAGUCGACCCUCGCCGACUUCAAGAGCAACGUCUGCAGCCUGCUGAUCGCCACCAGUAUCGCCGCGAGAGGCUUGGAUGUCAAAGAUCUCGAGCUUGUUGUCAAUUACGAUGUCACCAAUCACUACGAGGACUAUGUUCAUCGUGUUGGGCGGACCGGCCGGGCCGGCAGGAAGGGCUGCGCCGUGACGUUCAUCUCCGACGAGGAGGAGCGCUACGCGCCGGACCUCGUCAAGGCUCUGGAGCUGUCCGGACAGGCCGUGCCGGAGGACCUGAAAGCCCUGGCGGACCGGUUCAUGGCCAAGGUGAAGCAGGGGACGGAGAAGGCACAUGGAACAGGCUACGGUGGAAGUGGUUACAAGUUCGAUCACGAGGAGGACGAAGCACGACAGUCGGCAAGGAGGGCCCAGGGGAGGGCGCAUGGGUACGAGGAGGACGAGCCGGAGCCGGAUUUAGACCACUACGAGGAGGAGGAAGACGGAGACGCCGCCGCUCUGGCCGCACCACCCACCAUGGCUGCUCCUGCUAGCAAUGCCGGCCAGCCAGCAUUGCUCCCUCCACCGGCUGCGGCGACACAGCAGAACAUCGCCGCUGCUGCAGUGAACGUGCAGAGCGUUCUGGCCAGGAUACAGGCGCAGGCAGCUCCGGAGCACUACCAAGCCGAGCUCGAGAUCAACGACUUCCCACAGCACGCGCGCUGGAAGGUCACCCGGAGGGAGACGCUGGCGCCCAUCGAGGAGUGGACCGGCGCGGCGGUCACCACCAGGGGCACCUUCAUCCCCCCCGGCCAGAUCGUCGGCACCAACGAGCGCAAGCUCUACCUGUACAUCGAGGGCCCCAACGAGUCCUCCGUCAGCAAGGCCAAGGCACAGCUGAAGAGUGUCGUUGAGGAUUGCGCCAACCAGGCGCUCAAUCUGCCCGCCGGAAAAUACUCCGUCAUCUGAUCCUCAUCUGCAGAUGUUGAA